GCCGGAAUUGGGGGUGAAGCUCCAGCGUUGUGCCCACAUUCGGGGCGCGCGGAGCUGAGGGGUCCCUGGGGGGGACGCCCGGAGCUAAGAUGGCGUCCGCAGCCGAGGGGGACGUGGGAGCGUUGGCGGAGCUAACGAGGGUACUGCGCUGGGGUUUCCAGGACCUGAGCCUUAACAAGUUGGCGACGUCCCUGGGCGCGUCAGAACAGGCACUGCGGCUCAUCAUCUCCAUCUUCCUAGGUUACCCCUUGGCUUUGUUUUAUCGGCGUUACCUUUUCUACAAGGACAGCUACCUCAUCCAUCUCUUCCACACCUUUACAGGCCUCUCAAUUGCUUAUUAUAACUUUGGAAACCAGCUCUACCACUCCCUGCUAUGCACUGUGCUUCAGUUCUUCAUCCUCCGGCUGAUGGGCCGCACCAUCACUGCCGUCCUCACUACCUUUUGCUUCCAGAUGGCCUACCUUCUUGCCGGAUACUAUUACACAGCCACUGGCACCUACGAUAUCAAGUGGACGAUGCCACAUUGUGUCCUGACCUUGAAGCUGAUCGGUCUGGCCAUCGACUACUAUGACGGAGGGAAAGAUCAAAAAUCGCUGUCCUCUGAGCAACAGAAAUACGCCAUACAGGGUGUUCCUUCCCUGCUGGAAGUUGCUGGCUUCGCCUACUUCUAUGGGGCCUUCUUGGUGGGGCCCCAGUUCUCAAUGAACCACUACAGGAAGCUGGUGCAGGGAGAGCUGACUGACCUACCGGGCAAGAUACCAAACAGCACCAUACCUGCUCUCAAGCGCCUGGGUCUGGGCCUUGUCUACCUAGUGGGCUACACCCUGCUCAGCCCCCACAUCACAGAAGACUACUUCCUCACUGACGACUACGAGAACCGCAGCUUCUGGUUCCGCUGCAUGUACAUGCUGGUCUGGGGCAAGUUUGUGCUAUACAAAUACGUCACCUGUUGGCUGGUCACGGAAGGCGUGUGCAUCCUGACGGGGCUGGGCUUCGAUGGCUUUGACGAAUACGGGAAGGCCAAGUGGGACGCCUGUGCCAACAUGAAGGUGUGGCUCUUUGAAACAAACCCCCGCUUCACGGGCACCAUCGCCUCUUUCAACAUCAACACCAACGCCUGGGUGGCCCGUUACUUCUUCAAACGACUCAAAUUCCUUGGAAAUAAAGAACUAUCCCAGGGCCUCUCGUUGCUGUUCUUGGCCCUCUGGCACGGGCUGCACUCCGGGUACCUGGUCUGCUUCCAGAUGGAAUUCCUCAUUGUUAUCGUGGAAAGACAGGCUGCCAGCCUGAUUCGAGAUAGCCCAGCCCUGAGCCGCCUCGCCUCCAUCACAGUGCUGCAGCCCCUCUACUAUCUGGUGCAGCAGACCAUCCACUGGCUCUUCAUGGGUUACUCAAUGACUGCCUUCUGCCUCUUCACGUGGGACAAAUGGCUGAAGGUGUAUAAAUCCAUCUAUUUCCUUGGCCAUGUCUUCUUCUUGAGUCUACUAUUCACAUUGCCUUAUGUCCGCAAAGCAAUGGUGCCAAGGAAAGAGAAGUUAAAGAAAAUGGAAUAAUCUAUUUCCCUGGUGGCCCAGAGCAGGACUGGUGCAGAAAGGACUCGCCUCCCUUUCCACAGCACUCCUUCGCCCUAGAGCACAGAGAGCCAGAAGCCAGGGUGUGGGAAGACGGGGCUCCCCCAGCUGUGCCUCUGCUGCCGGCCACGUCUCCAUUUGGGGCCAAAGGGGAAACUCUCGUGGGAGGAGUAGAGGGGCCCACAUCUCCCCUCUGGGCUCCCCCAUGCACGUUGCCUUAUCUCUCCCCCUCUAGCCAGGAAUCUGUUGUGUUUUUCUUCUGCCAAUUUACUAUGAUUGUAUAUGUGCCGCUACCUCCGCCCCCCUAUGGGGGGAGAGGAGGGGCAAGGCCCCGCCUGCUCCACUUUUCUACCUUGGACUGUACCAGAUAAAGUCACUUCAGUUUGUUGUUUUUCA